AACGGACCUUGUCACCAAUCGUCGCCCGUGCUUUGUGGGUGUGUUAAUAUAACUAAGGGUUGACAUACAUAGAAUACAUAAUCGGGUUCAAAUAGCUAGCUAACGGUGUAUGGAUUUGAUGAUGAUGAAAAAAAAGAAAUUUAAGUUUAAAGUGGAUUUCGACCUGGAUGAGCUCUCUUCCAUCCCGUUUGUUAACGGUGUCCUGUUUUGUAAAGUCCGACUCGUUGACGGAGGUUUCUCAGCGGAGUCGUCUCGAGAGCCUGUCCAUGCUAACUGUGUGCGCUGGAAGAAACGGUUCUCCUUCCCCUGUAAGAUGAGUGCGAGUGCUGGGACGGGAAUGCUGGACCCCUGUGUGUGCCGAGUGUCUGUCAGGAAGGAGCUGAAGGGUGGGAAGACAUAUGCAAAGCUCGGCUUUGCAGACCUGAACCUGGCUGAGUUUGCUGGUUCUGGAAACACGACACGCAGAUGUCUAUUGGAAGGUUAUGACACCAAGAACACCCGGCAGGAUAACUCCAUACUCAAGGUUGUCAUCAGCACACAACUGAUGUCUGGGGACCCCUGUUUUAAAACGCCUCCAUCCACAGGCACGUUCAUCGGUGUCCAGGGAAAUGCAGAGAGCCUCCUGGAGGAGAGAAAGGGUGGGGACACUCAGACAGCUUUCAUGGAGAGCCGUGAAGGAAAGUGUUCUUCUGUUUCCGAUGAACUCGGGGGCUCCUGCCAUUCCCGAACAUCCAGCUACGCUAGUCAGCAGUCUAAAGUCUCAGGCUACAGCACGGGUCACUCGCGCUCCUCCAGCUUGUCAGAGUGUACCCACCGCCGGAACACGUCUGUGGGGAGCGCCUCCACUGGUAUCGCCAGCAUCCCAGAACCCUUGGACGACCAGAGGGAGAGCAGGGACCAGAGGGAGAGCAGGGACCGGGAGAGAGGAGACAGGGAAGCCAGGACUGGGAUGAUGCCCCCUACCGCAGGGACGUCAGCCUGCACAGCUCUGGCGGAACACCCCACCCACGCCAGAACGACAAGCUCCUGCUCCGUCACCCCGGUGAAGAGUGCCUCGUCAAACGAACGCCUCAACAGGCACCUGGUGAAACAAGGCUCGAUGGAGGAUCAGAUGAUGAGGGUGGAGGCUUCCAGGGUGGAUGCUGAUGACGUGGUGGAGAAGAUCCUCCAGAGCCAGGACUUCACCCCCAGCCUGCUGGACUCCAGCCAUGAAGAGGAAGGCCUGCGGUUGUUUGUUGGUCCCGGAGGUAGCACUGCCCUUGGAAGCCACCACCUGCCUACAAGGGUUGGUGCCGGUGCGUAUGAGCAAGUGGUGAUUAAACGUUAGGCCUAAACUCUACCAGGACGAUAAGUGGCACAGCUAAAGUCCAAAUGAAUGAUCUGUGGUUUUUAUCUUUAAUUCCAGCAAGCACAUUUAAUCCAACUUGCCUGCCAGAAAUGCACUGCACCAGCGCCCUCUGGUGUUUGUACAGACUGCACUGUCUGUAGGUCUGUUAGGUACUAGCUCAGUUAAGUCGUGAAGAACAUUCCCAUGCCCCCAUCUGGGAAAGGAGUCAUACUAUUUCCAACAGAAGUGUGAUGUACUUAUAGUAAAAUCUGAUAUUUUCAAUUAGAGAUCAUAUAUCUAAGUGGAUUGGUUCUGUGCUUGUCACCCCAACGAAGGAAGCUAUUAGGCUGACGAGAAGAAUGACGCCAUGCUUUUUCAGUACAUUCCCCAGUGAAAACUAGUUCCCUAGUUCUAUGUCCUUUAGUUUUUAUACAAUGUUUUCUUUAUUAUUGUUUGGAUCUACCUUCUCAUUUAGGAUUUUCAAUUUUAUGUCCACAACUAAGCUGCUAAAGGGUGUUUCAAUGUGGGGCUGAGGGUCGGGAGUGAGACUGAAGGUUCUAGAUUCUUUGGCAGGUGACCCUGCUCUGCUGGUACUGCGGUCUGAGUUCCCAGUCUGCUCUAAUUACUGGCAGAAAGACAAGCCGUCUCGGAAUUGCUUUGCCUGUUAUAGACCUUUUUAUUUAGGACAAUAGAGGAAAAGGAGAGAACCUCCAAGUGAGGUUGAGCUUGCGUUUGUCUCUUCUGAAAGAAGCAGACUCUCAGGUUAGAAUAUCAGGGCUCCAGUUCAGAUGUUGUUUUUUUUUGCAAUGGUUGAUAAGUGUGGUUUAGAAACUGAUGCCAGUCUACAUUUAUGAUUCUUGCCAAACUGUUCCAUUCAACAGUUAAACUGCCAUUAUACAAACUUAUUUAGUUCACUUGCUGCAGUGGAACGCCGACGAGCCUGUGUCCCAUGAAGGUUAUCGCUCUGCAACAUAUCCGUUAUUAUGAUGAAACGCUUUUUGAUACGUCCAGGUGUUCCGUUAGAAGCUCGGGGCAGACAUAGGUCUGAACUAGGUAAUGGAUUAGGCCCAUACAUCUUGCAUAUAAGCUGUCAAUGACAUAGGCGGUUCUUAAACCGACAAUGUUUAGUUUCCUUCUGAUGAUUUGUGUUGUUAAUUGGUCUUAUGUCUCCCUGAAUGGAAAUAAUACAUAUACUGAAAGUAAGAUAUAGUGGUGUACAUGCAUAUAUUACCGCUCAUCUCAGUGUGUCCUGUCUAAAGCCAUAGCAGAGGAUACCAUGUAGGUAACCUCUGAUGUAUACUGUAACUGUAUUUGUUGACUUAUGCACAAGUGUCAUCAAUGUGUGGUAUUAUAACUGUGAAUUAAUCAGCGUGUAUAUGGUUUGCAUGUUUUCAGUUAUUUUUCCAGGAUAGACUGUUUUAAGUGUGUGAACAUCAAUUCCAUGUGGUUCUACCCUUUGAGCAAGAAGAACACAGCAGUGUUGUUAAUUCAUGUUGUGCCAUCAUCUACUUGCGAUAUGUGUAUUGCAUCAUUUGAACAGAACGGAUGCGAUGCUAUUCCAGAACAUGGUAGAAAUUGUGUUGUAUCCAUGAGGCACUUAGUGUAUUGUAUUACCAUUCACAGCCAAAGGUUGUCUUUCUAAACCCAUCCUCUUGUUGAAUAGAAACCUCUCAAAUAUGUUCUGUAAGUAGAAUCUGCUCCAGUACUUGUUAGACAGGAAGCAGACCAAUUCCGCUUCCCCAUUUCAGUCUGUACUUAACAUGUUGUAACAAACAUGGCUGCCUUUUCUCUUCUGUGAAGCCAUUUGUAAUGAAGGAGCUGUAAACUGUAUCUUGUGAAAGUGAUGUACUUUAACUGUCAAUGUGGACAGAGUCCUGUGCACUCAGUAGCUGAUCUGUCUUUUUGACUGACCUUUGCUUCCUUACCAAGUGUACUUUAUGCUAUUCCUGUGUACCAUGCACUGUUGAUUAAAAUGUGGACAUUUCAAAAUUG